AUGCUCAGAUUAUCCUCAAACUCCUCAGAUUAUCCUCAGACUACUCCUCAAACUCCUCAGACUACUCCUCGGUCUAAUCCUCAGACUCCUCCUCAGAUUAUCCUCAGACUCCUCCUCAGAUUAUCCUCAAACUCCUCCUCAGAUUAUCCUCAGACUCCUCCUCAGAUUAUCCUCAAACUCCUCCUCAGAUUAUCCUCAAACUCCUCCUCAGAUUAUCCUCAAACUCCUCCUCAGAUUAUCCUCAGACUCCCCCUCAGAUUAUCCUCAGACCCCCCCUCAGAUUAUCCUCAAACUCCUCAGACUACUCCUCGGUCUAAUCCUCAGACUCCUCCUCAGAUUAUCCUCAAACUCCUCAGAUUAUCCUCAGACUCCUCCUCAGAUUAUCCUCAAACUCCUCAGACUACUCCUCGGUCUAAUCCUCAGACUCCUCCUCAGAUUAUCCUCAAACUCCUCAGAUUAUCCUCAGACUCCUCCUCAGAUUAUCCUCAAACUCCUCAGACUACUCCUCAAACUCCUCAGAUUAUCAUCAAACUCCUCAAACUACUCCUCGGUCUAAUCCUCAGACUCCUCCUCAGAUUAUCCUCAGAUUAUCACUUUACAUAUAUAUAUCGAUAA